AUGCAAGGCUGGCCCAUUGCCACUGAGCAAGAUGUUAUUAUGGUAGUCGCAUUAAAGAUCAGAUCAUGCAAGCAAUGCAGGUCUAGCACGUCGAGCUUCCAAUUUCAGCAUAGUGGGAAUGAAUCCAGCGACAAAGCCUCGUGCGCCAAGGAAAGUUAUUGUCCGCAAGGUACCGCGGAGUAUGGCAAGAGUAUGGUAAGGUUGUGGGGGAUCCCGAUGCUUGCACAGUGGGAUGCAUAA